UCAAUGGUGGACGUCGAGACGAAGUGAUCGAAAAAUCAAAGAACGGAUGUAUGUCUUUUAGUUUUUCUCGUGAUUUAGCUGCCUCGUGUCUGUAGUAUGCCGCUGUUUGGAAAGAAACAUGAUGCAGGAAAGAAACAGCAUUCGGAAGAUGUGCUGAGGCGGUACGAGUUUACCGACAAGACCCUUGGAACGGGUGCUUUCUCAGAAGUUAUACUUGCCAAGGACAAACUAGAAGCAGGCAAUUUUGUUGCAGUGAAGAUAAUAAACAGAAAUGGCUUGAAGGGAAAGGAAGAAUCAUUGGAAAAUGAAAUUCAGGUGUUGCGAAGACUUCGCCACCCAAACAUAGUUCAGCUGCUGGAUGUGUAUGAAGACAAACACAGAGUUUAUCUUGUAAUGGAACUAGUAACAGGCGGUGAACUGUUUGACCGAAUCGUAGAAAAAGGGAGCUACACAGAAAAGGAUGCCAGUCAGUUGAUCAAACAAGUAUUGGAAGCAGUAGAUUUUAUGCAUGAGAGAGGUGUUGUGCACAGAGAUCUAAAGCCGGAAAAUCUUCUGUAUUAUAGCCCUGCAGACGAUUCCAAAAUUAUGAUCAGUGACUUUGGCUUGUCCAAAACUGAAGAAUCUGGAACCAUGGCCACAGCAUGUGGAACUCCUGGAUAUGUAGCACCUGAAGUUUUGGCUCAAAAACCAUAUGGUAAAGAAGUGGAUUGUUGGUCUAUAGGUGUCAUAGCAUAUAUAUUGUUGUGUGGGUAUCCACCUUUUUAUGAUGAAAAUGAUUCAGAACUCUUCAAACAAAUUCUCAGAGCAGAGUAUGAAUUUGACUCUCCAUAUUGGGAUGAAAUCUCAGAGUCUGCCAAAGACUUCAUUAGGAACUUAAUGUGUAAAGAUGCGAAUGCCCGGUUUAGCUGUAAGCAGAGCUUAGCCCAUCCAUGGAUAUCUGGAAAUACGGCUCUAGAUAAAAACAUCCAUGCCUCUGUUAGUGCACAGAUUAAAAAUUUCCAGGCAAAAACAAAGUGGAAGAGAGCAUUCAAUGCUGCUGCGGUAAUUCGUCAGAUGAGGAAGCUUGCCAUGAACAAGGACGAUGCCACAUCACACCCAGCAAAUGCGACUUCAGCCUCCUAGAUAUCAUUGGUCUCGGCAGUCACCAGCAUUGGUCACAUUAUGUCAUAAGGUUCCAGCAGCAAAGAGGGUCAUUUCUGUUUCAAAGAUGCCCGGUGUUGCAAAGCGUAUGUGCAAAUUCAUCAGCACCAUGAGGCAACAAAGGUCAUAUGGUGUGAUAUCUUGUCUGCCCAGAAGAGAUUUGGAGUGACUUUUCUAAGGAAAUAUUUUUAACUUUUGUCACCAUUUUAAAUUUUAGUGUGUUUUAUCUGCACUCAUUGAUGGAUGUGAUGUGAUUUAUCAGCACUUAAUUUGAAUUUGAGAGUGGAAAGGAUUCAGUGUGUAUCAUUAUACACUUUUUGGAGAAAGGACAGAAGACCUCGGAAUUAAUGAUUUUUUUAGUAACUAUGGGGGAUUUCAGUUCACAUUUUUAAAUGUCUCACCUUUUUGAGUCUGGAGUAGACUUCUAUCUGGGUGGGCAUGGGUGAGGGAAUAGAUUAGGUUGUUUUUAUGCAAUUUAUUGUAAAAAUAAUUAAAUGCAACGCAAUUGAAAGUGCAAACUCUUAUCUGUCAACUCUGUUACUGCAAACAGUUCAUACCCAGUAGUUCCAUGAUAUAUGAUUGGAGAGGAUAUACGGACUGUAGAAAUGGUAGGUAUGGUUUGCAAGGUGUCACAAGAUGUGUGCAGUCUAUCUAUAUGCUUUUGGAUGUAUAUUGAUUGAGUGUGGUGUACAUGUACAUAUUGGUACACAGCUCAGUUGUUAUUUUGAAAAGUGUUUGUCUCUGUGAUACAUGGUACACAGUAACUCAGCUGUAGGCCUUAGCAUAAUGCAUGCCAUGGUUCUCCACAAUACACAGGUCCCAAGGUAAUUUAUCACGACACAUGAUUGCAUCCCUUGGUGCCUUGUGUUGUUGCUUUGAGGUACAUAAAUGAGAAUUUUUGGACUUUACAUAUUUACUAUAAAAUACUGUUAUGAAAGUACAUGUAUCCAAAAAGCAAAAAUUGUGAAUUGAUUAUUUCAGGGGCUUCAUAUGUAAUAAAGGACAUAUAUAAAGAACAGCUGCCAAAAGCUAGUGAUUUGAAAUGUUAAUGGUAAAGGAUAGUGAAGAUGUCUGCACCAUCCUGCAAAGCAAGGACUUCAUGGCACAAGGGGACAUCACUCUUUGCAUCAUGGAAGGCACUUAUAGGCUAAUGGCUGUGAAAAAUCUACCUGAAAACAUUUAAACUCCUGCUUCUUGUGAUUUUCCUCUAAUUCUGACGUCUUAGAUUUUGAUUUUCAUUCAGGAAGUAAAGGUUUGCACCACCAUCUGUUGUCCUGUCAUUACGUCAGUCAAUCAGUCCGUCGCAAGUUUUCCAGACCUGUUUUGUCAAAACUGUUCAUUGCCCUGAAUUCAGACUUGGUAAAUGGCUUCACCAUAACAAGUUACAGAUCAAGUUCACGUUUCGGACCCCUAUGUCACUUUUGGAGGAAAGUUUUGCUGUUUUUGUGUAAAUUUUUACUUGAAACAUCAAAUGGGCUCAUAUCAGUAGGGGACAUAUAAUACUUACAGAAUCAGCUGCAAAGACAUUCAUAUUGUUUUCUAGUCUGAAAGGUGCAAGACACCAGCAUAUUAUUCAAGGUGAACUGACUACAAUAAAAUUUCUCAAGUUAUCACUAGUUGUGAUUUAGCUAUGUUUAAUUACAUUUAGACCCUCCGGAAUCUUAUUAUUCAAGGUAUGGCUGACAGAUACAAUCAUAUGGAUAUGGCUCACAGUCAAGGUUCUUAAGAAGAAUUUUACUCCAUUUUCUCAUGAUUUAGAAUUUCUUAUUGUUAAAUAAUUAUUAUUUUCUUAUGCAUUAUACCAGAGCACAUCUAUUCUUAAGUUCCGUGGUAAUAUUGGGGUGGGGUGGGAAAUUGUUUUUUGAUGCAAAGGGGAUUUUCAUGGUUAAACAUCAGUGGCAUGACUGUCAUUUGAAUGUUCGUUUAUGUAGCAUUACUUAAAUUAUCUUAUUAUGUUUUCAGCUAAACUUUCAAUUGUCUUGGCAAAGGAUAUUUCAUAUGACUGCUAUAUUUGUUUAAAUCACACGCAGUACUUCUAAACCCCCAGGUAAAAGAAAAACUUAAUUGUAAUACCUGUCUGAGAAUCAAAUGCUUCUUGUCUUUCAAGCUGUUUUAUCAAGUAUAUUUUUCCCAGGAAAGCUAUGGCAAACUUAAACAUAAAAUUCAUAGUCAGUGUUUCUAAAUUCCAUUUACCUGUAUUCACAGAAAUAUGAAAGCAUCUGUACCUGUGGGAGUAUAUUUUUAUUCGGGCAGCUUUGAGAAGAUGCACUGCAUAUCACUUUUGGUCAUCUGUUUUCAUAGUGUAGGAAAACUGACUCAUUUGUUAUUAUUAGUUUUUUAUUUACUAGUUGUUUUUUUUAUGUUCAUAAUAGUAUUAUCUGCAUUGCCUUCAUAUUUUCAUUACAUAUCCACUCUUCAUGUAACACACAUCACAGAAAAAAAAUUAAAAUCCUAUGUUUUAUAAUUAAGAGUUGUAUAGAAAAAAAGACCCAAAUGUUACACAAAAUGAACAUUAUUUUAAAAAAAAAAUUGUCAAAGAAGUAAUUUUUGUAUUUUUAAAUGGCUUAGUGUACUAAUUUACAGAAAUUUUUUUAUCCUUGAGCUGUCUCGCAUCUCUGUUUACAUUCUCACUGUCUUUCAUUACAUCUACACUGCUACAAGCUUGAAGACACAUCCAAUGAAGAACUUGAGGUAUUACCAGAAACAACUGUCCUUACACCACAUGUUUAACUUUGAAUAUUUUUUAAAGAAAGAAACUAAGAAAGACUAAUUGUCAAAUCUGUUAUAGUUUGUUUUUGUUGAAUUACACAUAUCAGACCUAUUUAAGACCUGCACUAUUAAGAACAACUAUGAACAUUUAUGUAUGUUAAUGCCCUACUAGGUUUUUUGUCUAAACGGAAGUGUGAGAAUGGGCAUCGAGCCGAAAGAUAUUUGUGAACAACAUGUAUGGCAUGUAUCCAUGCAGCUUUAUUUCCCAGUUAGUCUUUCAGUCACUAUCACCCUAUACAUAGAGUGGGCUGUGCUAGCUGUGGGUGGGGUGUGUCUGUAGAAAACAUGUGCUAAUACAUGUAACAUCUGAUGAACAUUUUCUAGAGUUAAUCCUUCAGAGAGGCUGGCAUUGAAAGUUAUUUGACACAUUCCUGCAUUAUUGUUGUUGCACAAAACCUUUUUAUAUAUACAUUGAAUUUUUCAUAUGUCUGAACCAUGCAAAUUUACUUUUACAUUUGAGAUGUUUUUGGUAGUUAAGACAUUCGUCAUUCAUCAAUAUAUUGUCAUGGAAUAUUUGCAAUAAAUUCCUUUCUUGGAGACAUUCUGUCGUGAGAAAUACAAGCCUUUUUACAUUUUCUCAACUUUAUCUCAACCAUAAUAGAUUGGACCAAUGCUGCAAAGUUGAGGACUAGAUGAUGCAUAGUGUUCGUGGUAUAGACAUUUUUCUUUUUUAGAGUUCCUUAUCAGCAGAUAUCAGUUCCUGAAGAGUUCUGCCAAUGCAUUUGUUCAGGCUAAUGAGUUUAUUUUAUUAUUUUACACGAUGCCGGUAUGGUGUAGUUGGUAUGUUCAAAAUGUUCAACUGAAGACAUCCAUUCAGAAACUCAUGUAACCUUGAAGAUACCAGACAUGAAAAGGACCAAAGAAGUCUUGUUAAAGGUUAACAAGGAAUUAUGGGAAUGCCAAAUUUGUCCCAUGUACAAAAAAGCUGUGCCCAUUUUGGUAAUCUUAUCGUUUUCUAUGAUGCACAACAGUUCCAGUGGAUAUUGGUGCAUAUUUGCUGGUAAAUAGUACUAUUUACAAGCGCUACAACCGUACAGCAGAUUAAGGCAUGUUUCUACUCAGCUCGGAAUACUCUAGUUUUGGCCAGAAUUUUCCCAUUGACCUACAGAUGACAUCAAUAAUUCAUUUAAAUUGUCUUCUAUAUGUAAUAUACUACCAUUUAGAGUUCAUGUGAUUGUUAAAAACAUUAAGAAUUAAACAUGGAUUUAUUGUAUUAUUUAAAUUUACGUUUUGUUACAGUUUUCGCUUUUAAGAUCAAGAGAAUUCCUUUAAUGUUGGAAAGAAUUUUGUAUUCUGGUAUAUGACAAUAUUAUUUUCAUUUUUACCUCAGCAGCUUUUAUCCAA